AUGGAGGAAUUUGAAGAAGCAUCUCUGGUGAGAAUCGAUGGCCAGGCACAUGUGGAGACAGGCUCUCCUCCAGGUCCCCGUCAGCAAGCCUUAAAGGUCAAGAUCAGCAUUUUCAAAUGGGCCCAGAACCACACCAAGAGCCAGUGGCGUCGGCAAAGCAGUGGUGAAGCUGCUAUUACCAUCCAGAAAUGGUGGCGUGGUACUCUAGUCCGCCGUAGCCUGCAACACGCCAUCAUCUGUGCAUGGUUGGUCCAGAAAUGGUGGCGCAAGGUUUCCUUCCAGAGACAAGAAGAGAAAAGGUUAAUGGCAUUAUCGACGUACAUUUGGUCUGAGAAGGCUUCCGUCCUCUUGCAAUCAAUGUUUAAGAUGUGGCUUAUGAGAACACGGUACAAGAAGUAUCAAAGGGCGGCCCAGAUCAUCCAAAGUAACUGGCGCCUUCACAGCUUCCGGAAAACCUCCGACGCCUAUUCUCUUAACAAGCUGAAUCAGGAUGGCAUAGAUUUGAACAUUGAGAUUGUUGUUGAGUAA